AUGUCUGAUCGCAACCUUUCAGCAUCCUUCCCAGCAGGUCCUCCUUCGCCCUCGUCUCCCGCUGCCGGGUCUCUCAAGGAGAACCGACAGCUCCCCGUCUCCUCGGAUCACAUCCCUCAGACUCCAACAUCGCCUCCGUUGAUGUCUGUCAGUGACCAAAGCCAUGUCUCCAACUUUACAUCCUCCCAUACUUCACCGAACCAGGCGACAGCCCAACCACCCAACACAUCAUCACCCCCCUCAUCUACGCCGAUGUCAACGCAGGUAUCUCAGCAGCCGACCAUGAGCACGACGAACUCAUUCCCUACUCCCGCCAGCAGUGUGAACGCUGCGUCGACGGAGGACGCAGAUCAUAAAUCUUUCAGCCCAGGAAUGCAGGAGCCAACAAGGAACACGGAGGGGGUGUCCAAUCAAAAACAUAUAGAGCACAGACGAACCUAUCACGACCAGCAGCCCUCGGCGACAGGCGCAGAGGCUGAAGUACGCGAUUUUGCCACCGGGCAGAGCCAGCAGAUGACGGACGGGGACGCCAUGGAUCUGGAUAAAGAACCACUUUCUGGCCUUGGUGCCCAGAAUGCCGGUCUAGAUUCUCUCCAGAAGGACUUCACUUCGGCUUUCCAUCUUUGCAAAAGCUCGCCCAUUACAACUGGACCGGAUCCGUCGCUGGAUCUCAUUUCCCUCUAUGGCCUAGGCUCGGUUGCGCGGUCGGUAGCACGGAUUGACCCUGUCACAGGAGAGAAAAUCAAUCGGUUGAGAAAGUCCUACGAAGGAAAGCUGAAAGGGCUGGGUCUGGCGGGACGGAACAAACCGAUGAAGCAGGAGCCGGGGGCACCUGGUAGUCUGCGCCACCUCACCAUGUGGCCCGAGGAGGAAUGGCAAAACCAAAAGGUCCACGGGAAGCAAAUCAAGGUUGCAGAUAUCGAUUCCGCCCUUCAGAGCAUGCAGACUCGCGCCAUGCAAUUUGAACCGGGCGUCGUUCCAAACAACGACUUUUGGGAGGACGUGCUCGGUCACGAGAAACCGACUAAGAACCAGGGCUCCGGGGAGACCAGCAAGAAACCCGCUCCUACUCCAGGAGGUCGAUCAUCCAUGCAGGGGAACGCAACUCCGAUGGCGAAUCAAGAAGAGCGGGCACGGCCCAGUCGCGGCCGCAAGCGACAUUACGAUGAUAACAGCUUUAUUGGUUACGGCGAAGGCUUUGCCGAUGACGAUGAUGAUCCCGGUUUCUACUCGAACGGCGAGGGAACCGGAAAAAAGAAACGAAAGAAGGACCACGUCUCAAAAGUUUCCACCCCAAUGUCUGAACGAGGCGGGAGCUAUGGGGUGGGUAUGUUCGGAAUUGGCGCCAGAUGA